AUGCACCGACCUCUCGUCUUCUGCCUGGUUGUUGUUCUUUUGGCCAUUGCGGCUUCUUCUUCUGCGGUUCCGCGCAAGCCCGUGUGGCCGCGCCAGUUCGACGUGCAGUUCGGGCUCAGCGUGGUGGAGUCCCCACUUAACGGACCCAUCGUCAACGUCACCUCCCACUUCUACUACGACUUCAACGUCCAGGCCUCGCUCGUCACCUACCCUGAACUGUGCCUCCCCGGACUCAUCCCCGGCGAUGGCUGGAAAAAGGGCUGCAACCUGCUGUUCAACCCCAAGGGCACCUAUUUGUUCGCCCCGCAUGCCGGCGUGGACUGUUGUCUCCUCUUCCCCGGCGUUGGCACGGUGCCGCCUGACUUCCUGAGGGGCUUCAAUGCCUCGGGCUUCGUCGUGCCGACUCCCGACCUCUACGGCGUUCUCCACAACUCUGACUUCUGGGUCACCAACGAAGGGUUCUUCUAUUGGACUGAUGCGAAGACUGGCGGAGACGUGGCGCUGGUUGACGGCGGCUCGGUCGUGUGGAACUUCUACCCGCACCUGCGCGUGGCGCCGCAGCCCUCGGCCCUGUUCGCCGUGCCCUCCAACUGUGCCGUGUCCUGCCCCGGCUCGUUCCUGGCGCACGCGCGCAAGCACGCGGGCGGCCGCGUCGACCCCAUGGUCAGCCUCGCCCUGCACCACCACCGCCUCCUCCAUACCCAGUGA